UUGGGCCCUGCACCCACAUGGGAGACCAGGAAGAAGCACCUGGCUCCUGGUUUCGGAUCAGCGCGGUGCGCCAGCCGUAGCGGCCAUUUGGGGGGUGAACCAAUGGAAGGAAGACCUUUCUCUCUGUCUCUCUCACUGUCUAUAACUCUACCUGUCAAAUAAAUUAAAAAAUAAAUAAAUACUUAGUUGGCUUGUAAGUUAGCAUUUCCAAAUUUACGUUAAUGAUUCAGAAAGCAGCAGCUGGGAUUCACUGCACCAUAUGCAGAGCCGUCUGUGAGGAGUUCUGCUUCGUCUCUGUCCAGAUAAUUCAUUUACACUGCUAACCCAGGUAUAAAGGGGGCAGGUAUACUAACCCAGGUAUGUAGGGCAUUUCUUCUCCAAGAGAGUUUAUUUCCGUGAUCUAAGACUCGGAUUCCUGUUGGUGUUGAGGGGGGGCCCCACCUCUCGCAUUGCACCAAGUGUCAUUUAGCAGAUCCUUCCAGUGAGGGCUCUAAUGCACCACAACUAACAGAAACCCACUUCAAACCCCACCCCCCGCACUUUAAGAUGUAUUCAUGUAUUUGAGAGAGUCAAUGGACACCCAAAGUGGUUAAUGUUUAAAUUAGAAGCACUUGUAAUCAUUAGACUUACCAUUCUGGUUGCAGUCACCUCCGAGCUGGUUUGAUGAAAAUUGGUUGGAGUCAUGGCAGUGAUUUGGCCCUGAACUUGAUAAGGAGAUACCAUCGAGGAGUAAGCAGUGUGCGCUGAGGUGUUUUGGUGGUGAACUGGUGUCACCUGGGUUUUGUCCAGUUCCAUUUUCAAACUCCUAGAUUCUGUGGAAUGCGUGGAUUUAUUGAUUUUCCAGUUACGUUGCCUCAGGACCCUGUGGGUUAGAACAAUGUGACAUGACGUGGGACUGAAUGAAGUGGUGUUGGGGUAGGUUGAAUCAUUCAUUCUGUGUAUUGCAUUGAGCUCCACCUUGGGCUGUGGGUGGGGAUUGGCUGAUUAGACCAGUGCCUGUCCUGGAGCCUUCUGAUGGGGCUCAGAUAAGGGAGCAAGAAAAUACAAGACUCCUGGCGCCGGUGCUGUGGUGUAGAAGGUUAAGCCUCUGCCUGUGGCACCAGCAUCCCAUUUGGGUGCUGGUUCGAGUCCCAGCUGCUGCACUUCCAAUCCAGCUCCCUACUAAUGUGCCUGGGAAAGCAGUGGAAGAUGGUCCGAGUAUUUGGGCCCCUGCACUCACAUGGGAGACUCAGAAGAAGCUCCUGGCUCCUGGCUUCGGAUUGGCCCAGCUCCAGCCGUUGCAGCCAUUUGGGGAGUGAACCAGUGGAUGGAAGACCUCUCUCUCUGUCUCUCCAUCUCUCUCUCUCUGUAACUCUGCCUCUCAAAUAAAAUAAAUAAACCUUGGGAAAAAAACAGCAAGUCUCAGUGCAGAUUGUGUGUAACAGUGAAGGUGAAGAGAAAGCAGGGAGAGUUAGAGAGGUGAGGUGAUCCCCACGAACGACAUGGCAUGUGGAAGGGCCCUGAGGUGCAGCUGAGCUCCGCUGUUGAUGGGGUGCAAACAGUGUGCCUGGACUGUGGGCAGGAGGAGGAGCUGGCAUGAGAUUAAGCGAGAGAGGCCAGCAGGGGCCAUGCCAGGAAGGGCUUUGUAGAGGCAGAUGGCUCUGGAUUUGAAGUCACUAUGCAAAGACCGUUCUAAUUGAGUUAAACAUCUGACAAAUGCCGUUUUGGCCCCAAGAGCAUUGAAUGAAUAGAUUCUGCACACUUGCUAGAUGCUUCUUAAAUUAAUAUUAGAAUUCUGAAGUUUGAGCCGUUUCUGAAUUUCCCCGUGGGAACACAGUUCUCUGUGGUCAGGUGUGAUUACGGGUUUGAUAGUCAGAUCCGCAGUUGAGGGUGCGUUCAGUUCUACACAGUAAAUCAGCAAAAGGCAGCAAACCUUAGUUCCUUCCAAGUGAGGAGAGGGUGGUGAGAGUGUGCCGCGUCCUCUUCUUUCCUGGGGCUGGCAGGGGAAGUUCCCCGUCUGCCUCUCUGUCUCCGGCUUGUCUCGUGCGUGGGUCACUCCGUGCGCUUUUCCUGCAUAGUUUCCCAGGGUGUUUGUGUAGUGAGCAGCUGUGGAAGUAGAACUUGUCUCCUGCAGUGGAGGGAGGUUUGCCGACUGCCUUGGGAGAUCGCAUUUUCCUUCAGAGCUGGGGGAGCGGGGCUUGAUGUCGUGAACGGCCGGGGCUAAGCUCAGGCUCUCUGUGCGGAGACGAGACCAGUGGGGCUUCACGGAGCAGAGAGGACACUGCCUGGGACGCCUGUGUUCCGUAUCACAGUACCUGGGCUGGAGUUCUGGCUCCACUUCUGAGCCAGCUUCCUGCUAAUGAGCACCCCAGGAGGCAGCAGGCGAUGGCUCAAGUCAUCGGGCCCCCGCCAGCCAUGCAGGAAACCAAGUUGAGUUCUGGGUGCCUGGCUUUGGCUAGGCCCAUUCUUGGCUAUUAUGGGCAUUUGGGGGAGUGAACCAGUGGGUGGAAAACCUUUCUCAAUCUGUCUCUCUCUCUGUCUCUUUCUGUCUGCUUUUCAAAUAAAUAAAUAUAAAAUAAAUAUAAAAAACAAAAACUCACUAUGGAGACAAGCAUCCGUUAGGGUUCCUGCAUUGCCCUGUGACACAGGACCUGCUGACACUGCCGCUGUGGGGUGAGAAUAAAGGCCUGUGUCUCUGACCCGGAGUCCUGUCUUCAGCCAACAGCUGUAAAACUGGCAGGUGUUAGCUUCCCAGUGGGUGAAAUCGCAGACAUUUCACGGGUCUUGACAGAGUCUGCUUAGCAGGCCAAGCAGGCAGGCCUCGUGCCAGGCCACUGAAACCCUCUGAGGCCUUGCAGGCUGCAGGAAGAUUCUCAUUAACAGUUACUGUCACUGCUUUUCUCCAGCGUCACAAGUAAGUUAUUCUCAGAUAAUCACAUCCUAAAGUGUGAGCUCUUCUAAAAUACACGUGUGAAAUCUACUAGCUACUAAUUAUUCUGUCUUGAAUAUUCUUUUCUUCUCAUUAGAAUUUGUUUAUUUAUUUGAGAUGGGGACCGAGCAAGUAUAUUCCCAACUCCUGGUUCAUUCUCCAGAUGCCUGCAUUGGCCAGGACAGGGCUGGACUGAAGCCGAGGCUUGGGAACUCAGUCCAGAUCUCUCAUGUGGGGCCCAGCGAGGACCCAACUACUUGAACCGUCGUUCUUGUCGCCCAGGGUCUGCAUUAGCAGGAAGCUGGAGUCAGGAGCCGGAGCCAGGAAUCAAACCCAGGCACUCUGCUCUGGACAUGGGCAUCUUAACUGCUAAGGCAAACACUCACGUCGUGCCUUGAAUAUUCUUAACCAAGUGGGGAACAUGUUCCGACAGCGCAAAGAAUGCUGUGUGAAAAUUCUAGGAUCACCAAGACAUAAAGCGUAUUCAAAUGAUACUUGAUUUAAAAUAAAAACGUCAUGUGUUUAAGAAUGUAACCCAAGUGUAUUUCCACAAAAGAUUCUUACAUAAUGACCUCUAGGUGCCUAACACUGUGGUUUCUUAGUGUUCAGUGUCAUUAUUGUCACAGUGCCUGACCCCACUGGGCUUGGGCUCUCCCUCCUGACCUGGGUGGGACCUGAGGAGCAGCCACUGUUACUGCUACUGCAGGAGACUUCCAGGUCUUGCCCGAGCAGCUGGCCGAGCCAUUCUGGUAUGGUGGCCAUGAGCCACGUGUGGCUAUUGGACACUUGAUAGGCAGCUCAUGUCAAUGGAGAAAUGAAAGGGUGAAUUAUAUGGCAGAUUUCAGACUUAGGAAAGACAAAGAACGGAAGGUAUCUCAUUAAUAGUUCUGAAAGUGGAUUAUGUUUGAAGUGAAAAUAUUUUAGGUUAAAUAAAAAUAUUAUUUACAUCAAUCUUGCCUGUUGCCUUAAAGUAGAAGUUGCCUUUUAAUGUGACUACUAGAAAAUGUUAAGACAUGUGGGGCUCUCCUGAUAGGUCUAGUGAACCAUGCUGUUCUAGAUCUGGGCUGCUCCAAGGGCAGUCCUCCGGCGAGCGGCGUCAACAGCCAUCUGGAGCUUGUUGGAAACACAGAGUCCCACACCCCUCCCCAGACCUGCUGAGUCGGGGCAAGCAUUUUGUGACACUCCUGUGCAGCUGUGCGCAGCAGACCAGGGUGGCCAGACUUUGCUAAUAAAAACACAGGGCACCGAGUUAAAUUCAAUUUUCAGGUAAACAGUGAAUAGUUUAAAAAGAUACAGUGUGUCCCACUUAAUGCACAGGACAUAUUAAUAUGAAAAUUACUUGUUGCUUUUAUGAAAUUCACCACUUAACUGGAUAUCCUAGAGUUCGUCAAUCCCACUUCAGGCUAAACGUCUUGUCCAUACCUGUCUUGUGACUUGACAUCCCGCAGACUCGGGGUGAGGACGGAAGAUGGAAGUGGAUGCUGGGUAGGAUGAACAUUCAGAGAGAAGAAGGGGAGGGGACGAUGGAGCAUAUCAAGACCUAGGGCCAGGGGUUGUCUCUGUUUUGUAACUGCUCUUGGUAACUUCCUUAGUCCUGCAUCCUCUGGUCAUUGUGCCUUAUUCACCUCUGAUCCUUUUCUGCAUUCCCUAGGCUGUGUUUGUGUGGGAAGUGGGAAGCUGACAGUGAGGCAGGGAGUGUCUCCUUGGAGCCAGGUCCCUAGCCUCCCUGGCUGCACCAUCUCCCCACCAUCUGCCUUUAAAAGACCAAGAUUCCAGAAGCCCAAAACACUGAUACUUUAAUUUUGGAGAAUUUUCUUUAUUGUGGCACCUUCAUUGUAGUUUUUCAGAUGUACAGAUCUUAGGGAUCUUGUUUUGUUCUGUUUUUCAGGCUCUUUAGGGGGUGAAGUCGGUGAAGAGUCUGGCAGGGAAGGAAUGAAAAUGGGUAUUGAAGUCAUAAGAAGCUUUCCCACAGGAGCUCAUCUCAUGUGCCAGCGGCUCUGCAGGAACUUGUGUCCCCUCUGUCUGUGCAGGGGAGGAGGGAGAGGGCCGGCCUGGUCGUGCACCUGCAGAGCAGGGCUCACCACUGCACACACUUGCCUCCUUGCCAAUGCAGAGUCAAGGAUUCAGCACUUGUGUGCACCUGUGGGGAUGUAGAUGUGCUUGGUUCGAACAACAGAUUCAUUUCUUGAUGGGAAGAAAAAUCUUGUUUUAUUUUGCACUUGCUUCUCUGUGCAUGGGGCUUUCCCUGACUUUGGAGCAGAUCCUUGCCAGGAAGAAUGCAAGUUCUCAAACAUCUUCAGAUAAGGAAGUGGUUAUAAAGAAUGAUCAAGAGAAUAAUGCAAGUAUGACAGCAAUCCGGAAUUCCACAACACCAGUCGCACAGGCUCUCAAUGACACCUUGAGCAGAGAAGGGCAUUUAGAGAAACAACCUUGGAAUGCCUUUGGCCACCAGAGCCCAGUUAAUGUCUCCAUCGAUGGAAUUCCCUGCAUUCUCUUCUGGGCCAGAAGAAUCACCGUGAAGUUUAAGAACCAGACCUGGCUGGACCUUGCAGAGGAAGCCUUUGGCCAGAAGGCAAUGGUGGACAUCGUCAACUCAAACUGCAGUGAAGAAAGUGCCACGUUGUCUCUGAAGUUUGGCGGCACAGAAAAUCUCACAGGUCUUGUUAUAAGAUUCGUCCUUACCAAUUACAACAAGUUGUCCAUCCAGAGCUGGUUUAGUUUGCACCGGGUGGAGAUGAUUUUCAACAAUUCUGUCCGUGCGACCUUCAAUGCGACUGGCAUAUACGCUCCGUCCAGUUACUCGUACCACUGCCACCUGGUCAGCAGCCUGCAGGGAGCCGACGCCCUCCUGUUGCCUAGCGACCCCGCGGACAUGGCAAGCCUGUGGGAGGUUUCUUUCACUGACUUCCAGAUCCAAGGCUUCACCGUCCAGGGGGCGCGCUUCGCCAAAGCCCGGGACUGCGCCUCUGCCUUCUCGCCUGCCAUCCUGAUGGGGCUGGCCACGUCCCUGGUCCUGUUGCUGGUGCUGGCCUACGUCCUGCACAUGCUCACCUACCUGCGCGCUCUGGACCAGCACUACGAGUGCCUCACCUCUCCUGCCCGCUUCCCACCGCUGAACGCCGGUGAUGCCGCCGAGAAGGAGCUGCUCCGGAGCCAGGGGGCCGACUGCUACGAGCUGAGGAGCCAGCCGCUCCGCAAAGUCUACGCUUAGCAGCACAUCCUGCCCCUCUCCUUGUCCACACGGGCCCUGAGGAGCCAGCGCCUCUGCACAGUCUACGCUUAGCAGCACAUCCUGCCCCUCUCCUUGUCCACACGGGCCCUGAGGAGCCAGCCCUCCGCACAGUCUACGCUUAGCAGCACAUGCCUGCCCCUCUCCUUGUCCACACGGGCCCUGAGGAGCCAGCCCUCCGCACAGUCUACGCUUAGCAGAACAUCCUGCCCCUCUCCUUGUCCACACGGGCCCUGAGGAGCCAGCCCUCCGCAAAGUCUGUGUUUAGCAGCACAGGCCUGCCCCUCUCCUUGUCCACACGGGCCCUGAGGAGCCAGCCCUCCGCACAGUCUGUGCUUAGCAGAACAUCCUGCCCCUCUCCUUGUCCACACGGGCCCUGAGAGGGGCUGUUUCCUUCCUGUGCUCCCUUGUCCAUGGCUUGGUUAACAAAAAAAGAGGCCUCCGCCAGCCUGCCUAGAAUGACCUGGGGCAGCGGGGGAGCAGCUCAGAGAUCCUGACGUUGCUGCAUAGACCUCUUGUGGGCAAAUGUUGAGAAGUAGGGGGAUGAGAGAGAGAAACAGCAAAUCAUAAAGGAAAGCGCACUUGUCCCCCUGGGCUGGUCCUCCUUGCCUGGGCCAAUUUGGAUGGGGUUAGAAUAGAGAGAGAUAACUAACCUGAGGUUGUCUGCAAGUUCGGAGUUUAAACUUUUAUACCAUCAUUGCAUCUUGCAGAAGUAGCGUCGUUUUGUUUCAAGGUAGUCUUCCUUCCUCCUUCUCAGAGCUGUCUGGGGCAGACCCCUGUGGGUGUGGCAGAGCACUUUACUCAAGACUGCUUGUUCCCUGUGCUGUUCAGAAGUGGAGUGCAGUUGGGAGCACACUCUGGACUGUUUCGUACUCUCCAGUUUGAUGGAGGUGUUAAUGGUUGCUCAUUACUGGGCCAAGUCAGAGCAGUGUGCCACUCUGUAAAAACGUCCACCGACCCCCUCCAGUGAGGUGAUGGCCCCUAAGCUCCCCCGAAUGGAAUGCUGGCACCACCACUGAUGUUCUUACCAACACCUUCUUCCAUUGCAGCCACCACCCCCACCCGAUCUUUUUCCAUUCUUGGCAGAUAACUGAAGAUCGCUUCUCUCUCCAUCCUCACCAGAACUUCUCUGUCUCCUGUGACGGAGAGAUCAUAAUGUAAAAAAGAACAGUGCACUUUCCUAACUAGGGUCCCGUACGUAAACUAGGUUCACAGAGCAGAUACCCUGGCCCAAGCCUCGGAAUGCAGGUGGGAACACUGGGUGGUGGUUGGGUGUCAUGCAUGGAAAAGUUGAAUCUUCCGGUUGGCCAUCCUGAUGGGUCUAACAUGAGUCCCAGCUUGGGUAGCGAGCAGUAGAUGACAAUGACAGUGAAGUUUCUGAUGGGACAUACUCACGUCUGUCAUUUCCUAUGGCUGUGUUAUUCUUGGCUGUGAACGUAGGUUUGGUUCUAGCCCUCCCACGGCUCUGUAAGAACAACAUGUUACAAUAAAUUCUUUUCUGUUUUGACGGUU